AUGAGUAUCACAAAGGUCUUCAGGUAUUUUUCUGAGGAGUCUUGCAUUAGGUUCAUCCCCCGAACCAACCAGAGAGACCACCUGUAUAUACACAGCUCUAAUGGGUGCUGGUCGUUCAUUGGGCGCACUGGUGGAGCUCAGAAGCUGUCUCUACAGAGCACUGGAUGUAUUAUUAAAGGGAUAAUCCAACAUGAACUCCUCCACGCGCUUGGCUUCAACCACGAACACAUCCGAUCAGACCGAGACCAAUUUGUCAGGGUGGAAUGGAAGAACAUCAUCAAAGGGAAGGAGCAUAACUUCCAGAAACUGAAGACUCUGAACCAGAGGACUCCCUACGACUAUGGCUCCGUUAUGCAUUACAAAAAUGCGGCAUUCUCUAAAAACGGCUUGGCGACGCUGGUGGCGUGUAACGGUUAUUCCAAAUUUGGACUUGCCAAAAAGAUGAGCCAAUGGGAUAAAUACAGGAUCAACAAACUUUACUGCAAAUAAACUACUAUUACUACUGAAACUUAAAGUACUACCACUACUGAUGUACUGCAA